AUGAUCAGCCUGAGCAUUCCGUCGCCCAAGGCGCUCUUCACGCGCUGGCGCCGCCGAAGCAACUGCGAAGACACCAAGAAGUUGAGCCCCGUCGCACUAGCGGGCGCGAGCCGUCGAUACACGAGCACGAUCAACAACUGCUGCAAUUCGCACGCACCAAGCGUCGACCCGAGUUGUCAAAGCACGACAUUCCAAGGCGAUAGCAAGGCGUGCACCACGUGCAAGCGCCAGUACUUGCGGUACGCCAGCAAGUACGACGAGUACUGCUCGGUGGACUGCAAGUCUGUCGGGUACUCGAAGUACACACUGAGCUACUAG